AUGAUUGUGGACUUCAGGAAGAGCACUGUCCCCCCGCCCCCACCCUCCGUGAUGGACUCCCCCAUCACCUCUGUGGAGUCCUUCUGUUUCCUGGGCACCACCAUCACCCACGACCUCAAGUGGGAGCCGACCAUCAGCUCCCUCAUCAAGAAGGCCCAGCAGAGGAUGUACUUCCUGCGGCAGCUCAGGAAAGCCAAGCUGCCUGCACAGAUGUUGGUGCAGUUCUACACGGCCAUCAUCGAGUCCAUCCUCACCUCCUCCAUCACCGUGUGGUUCGCUGGAGCCACAGUCAGGGACAAACAGAGACUACAGUGCAUUGUGCGCUCUGCAGAGGAAGUGAUCGGCCGCAGCCUUCCAUCGCUGCAGGACCUGGUGAGGGUGAGGGUGAGGGUGUGGGUGGAGGUGAGGGUGAGGGUGAGGGUGGGGGGGGGGGGGGGGGGGGGGGGGGGGGGGGGGGGGGGGGGGGGGGGGGGGGGGGGGGGGGGGGGGGGGGGGGGGGGGGGGGGGGGGGGGGGGGGGGGGGGGGGGGGGGGGGGGGGGGGGGGGGGGGGGGGGGGGGGGGGGGGGGGGGGGGGGGGGGGGGGGGGGGGGGGGGGGGGGGGGGGGGGGGGGGGGGGGGGGGGGGGGGGGGGGGGGGGGGGGGGGGGGGGGGGGGGGGGGGGGGGGGGGGGGGGGGGGGGGGGGGGGGGGGGGGGGGGGGGGGGGGGGGGGGGGGGGGGGGGGGGGGGGGGGGGGGGGGGGGGGGGGGGGGGGGGGGGGGGGGGGGGGGGGGGGGGGGGGGGGGGGGGGGGGGGGGGGGGGGGGGGGGGGGGGGGGGGGGGGGGGGGGGGGGGGGGGGGGGGGGGGGGGGGGGGGGGGGGGGGGGGGGGGGGGGGGGGGGGGGGGGGGGGGGGGGGGGGGGGGGGGGGGGGGGGGGGGGGGGGGGGGGGGGGGGGGGGGGGGGGGGGGGGGGGGGGGGGGGGGGGGGGGGGGGGGGGGGGGGGGGGGGGGGGGGGGGGGGGGGGGGGGGGGGGGGGGGGGGGGGGGGGGGGGGGGGGGGGGGGGGGGGGGGGGGGGGGGGGGGGGGGGGGGGGGGGGGGGGGGGGGGGGGGGGGGGGGGGGGGGGGGGGGGGGGGGGGGGGGGGGGGGGGGGGGGGGGGGGGGGGGGGGGGGGGGGGGGGGGGGGGGGGGGGGGGGGGGGGGGGGGGGGGGGGGGGGGGGGGGGGGGGGGGGGGGGGGGGGGGGGGGGGGGGGGGGGGGGGGGGGGGGGGGGGGGGGGGGGGGGGGGGGGGGGGGGGGGGGGGGGGGGGGGGGGGGGGGGGGGGGGGGGGGGGGGGGGGGGGGGGGGGGGGGGGGGGGGGGGGGGGGGGGGGGGGGGGGGGGGGGGGGGGGGGGGGGGGGGGGGGGGGGGGGGGGGGGGGGGGGGGGGGGGGGGGGGGGGGGGGGGGGGGGGGGGGGGGGGGGGGGGGGGGGGGGGGGGGGGGGGGGGGGGGGGGGGGGGGGGGGGGGGGGGGGGGGGGGGGGGGGGGGGGGGGGGGGGGGGGGGGGGGGGGGGGGGGGGGGGGGGGGGGGGGGGGGGGGGGGGGGGGGGGGGGGGGGGGGGGGGGGGGGGGGGGGGGGGGGGGGGGGGGGGGGGGGGGGGGGGGGGGGGGGGGGGGGGGGGGGGGGGGGGGGGGGGGGGGGGGGGGGGGGGGGGGGGGGGGGGGGGGGGGGGGGGGGGGGGGGGGGGGGGGGGGGGGGGGGGGGGGGGGGGGGGGGGGGGGGGGGGGGGGGGGGGGGGGGGGGGGGGGGGGGGGGGGGGGGGGGGGGGGGGGGGGGGGGGGGGGGGGGGGGGGGGGGGGGGGGGGGGGGGGGGGGGGGGGGGGGGGGGGGGGGGGGGGGGGGGGGGGGGGGGGGGGGGGGGGGGGGGGGGGGGGGGGGGGGGGGGGGGGGGGGGGGGGGGGGGGGGGGGGGGGGGGGGGGGGGGGGGGGGGGGGGGGGGGGGGGGGGGGGGGGGGGGGGGGGGGGGGGGGGGGGGGGGGGGGGGGGGGGGGGGGGGGGGGGGGGGGGGGGGGGGGGGGGGGGGGGGGGGGGGGGGGGGGGGGGGGGGGGGGGGGGGGGGGGGGGGGGGGGGGGGGGGGGGGGGGGGGGGGGGGGGGGGGGGGGGGGGGGGGGGGGGGGGGGGGGGGGGGGGGGGGGGGGGGGGGGGGGGGGGGGGGGGGGGGGGGGGGGGGGGGGGGGGGGGGGGGGGGGGGGGGGGGGGGGGGGGGGGGGGGGGGGGGGGGGGGGGGGGGGGGGGGGGGGGGGGGGGGGGGGGGGGGGGGGGGGGGGGGGGGGGGGGGGGGGGGGGGGGGGGGGGGGGGGGGGGGGGGGGGGGGGGGGGGGGGGGGGGGGGGGGGGGGGGGGGGGGGGGGGGGGGGGGGGGGGGGGGGGGGGGGGGGGGGGGGGGGGGGGGGGGGGGGGGGGGGGGGGGGGGGGGGGGGGGGGGGGGGGGGGGGGGGGGGGGGGGGGGGGGGGGGGGGGGGGGGGGGGGGGGGGGGGGGGGGGGGGGGGGGGGGGGGGGGGGGGGGGGGGGGGGGGGGGGGGGGGGGGGGGGGGGGGGGGGGGGGGGGGGGGGGGGGGGGGGGGGGGGGGGGGGGGGGGGGGGGGGGGGGGGGGGGGGGGGGGGGGGGGGGGGGGGGGGGGGGGGGGGGGGGGGGGGGGGGGGGGGGGGGGGGGGGGGGGGGGGGGGGGGGGGGGGGGGGGGGGGGGGGGGGGGGGGGGGGGGGGGGGGGGGGGGGGGGGGGGGGGGGGGGGGGGGGGGGGGGGGGGGGGGGGGGGGGGGGGGGGGGGGGGGGGGGGGGGGGGGGGGGGGGGGGGGGGGGGGGGGGGGGGGGGGGGGGGGGGGGGGGGGGGGGGGGGGGGGGGGGGGGGGGGGGGGGGGGGGGGGGGGGGGGGGGGGGGGGGGGGGGGGGGGGGGGGGGGGGGGGGGGGGGGGGGGGGGGGGGGGGGGGGGGGGGGGGGGGGGGGGGGGGGGGGGGGGGGGGGGGGGGGGGGGGGGGGGGGGGGGGGGGGGGGGGGGGGGGGGGGGGGGGGGGGGGGGGGGGGGGGGGGGGGGGGGGGGGGGGGGGGGGGGGGGGGGGGGGGGGGGGGGGGGGGGGGGGGGGGGGGGGGGGGGGGGGGGGGGGGGGGGGGGGGGGGGGGGGGGGGGGGGGGGGGGGGGGGGGGGGGGGGGGGGGGGGGGGGGGGGGGGGGGGGGGGGGGGGGGGGGGGGGGGGGGGGGGGGGGGGGGGGGGGGGGGGGGGGGGGGGGGGGGGGGGGGGGGGGGGGGGGGGGGGGGGGGGGGGGGGGGGGGGGGGGGGGGGGGGGGGGGGGGGGGGGGGGGGGGGGGGGGGGGGGGGGGGGGGGGGGGGGGGGGGGGGGGGGGGGGGGGGGGGGGGGGGGGGGGGGGGGGGGGGGGGGGGGGGGGGGGGGGGGGGGGGGGGGGGGGGGGGGGGGGGGGGGGGGGGGGGGGGGGGGGGGGGGGGGGGGGGGGGGGGGGGGGGGGGGGGGGGGGGGGGGGGGGGGGGGGGGGGGGGGGGGGGGGGGGGGGGGGGGGGGGGGGGGGGGGGGGGGGGGGGGGGGGGGGGGGGGGGGGGGGGGGGGGGGGGGGGGGGGGGGGGGGGGGGGGGGGGGGGGGGGGGGGGGGGGGGGGGGGGGGGGGGGGGGGGGGGGGGGGGGGGGGGGGGGGGGGGGGGGGGGGGGGGGGGGGGGGGGGGGGGGGGGGGGGGGGGGGGGGGGGGGGGGGGGGGGGGGGGGGGGGGGGGGGGGGGGGGGGGGGGGGGGGGGGGGGGGGGGGGGGGGGGGGGGGGGGGGGGGGGGGGGGGGGGGGGGGGGGGGGGGGGGGGGGGGGGGGGGGGGGGGGGGGGGGGGGGGGGGGGGGGGGGGGGGGGGGGGGGGGGGGGGGGGGGGGGGGGGGGGGGGGGGGGGGGGGGGGGGGGGGGGGGGGGGGGGGGGGGGGGGGGGGGGGGGGGGGGGGGGGGGGGGGGGGGGGGGGGGGGGGGGGGGGGGGGGGGGGGGGGGGGGGGGGGGGGGGGGGGGGGGGGGGGGGGGGGGGGGGGGGGGGGGGGGGGGGGGGGGGGGGGGGGGGGGGGGGGGGGGGGGGGGGGGGGGGGGGGGGGGGGGGGGGGGGGGGGGGGGGGGGGGGGGGGGGGGGGGGGGGGGGGGGGGGGGGGGGGGGGGGGGGGGGGGGGGGGGGGGGGGGGGGGGGGGGGGGGGGGGGGGGGGGGGGGGGGAGGGUGA